AUGUCUGAUAACAACGCCACCUCCACUCUCAGCUCCUAUAUUAACUCAGCCGCCGGAGCGAUCCAGUCUGGCGUCGCUGCUGUUACCGGAAGCUCGGCCGACAAGGUGACUACCCCCAGUGCCAUCGCCAACGCAGAGCAGACCAAGGCAAAGUCUGAGGUUCAGAAUGCUUCCUCCCACUCUGCCGCCAAGGUCGGGCCGUUCGCUAUCGGUUCUGAGGGUGGCGUGGCUCAGGACAUCCCGGACCGAACGCGGGGCCAAUACGACCAGACGGUUGGCAGCGUGAAGGAGGCAACCGGAAAUCUGCUCGGCAACGAGAGCUUGAGGCAAAGCGGUCGUGACCAGAAUGCGCAUGGUCAAGCGCAGCAGGCCAAGGGCCAACUGAGCGACCUCGGCCAGGGCAUCGGCGACCGCGUUCACGGUGCUGUUGGCGGGGCCGCCGCAGCGCUCACCGGGGACCGGGUAGAGGAACAGCGAUAUGCUAAUCAGCAUGACGAGGGUAAAGCGAGACAGCGUGGCGUUGAGUUAGAGUUGAACCAGAAGUAA